GAUCACGCCGCUUCCUUGUUCUUGAUUGAUGUCGCAGAUCAUGCGGGACGAUUGGGAGACGCCGUAUUGGUAUACGAUCAAGGGUACUGGCGACCGGACACGGAAUUGUGGAAGAGUGUUCAAAAAGCCGAUUGGAAAGAUGUCAUCUUGGAUGAAGACAUGAAAAAAACCUUACAACAUGAAUACACAUCGUUCCUGUCAUCUGAGAAGAUAUACAAAGAUCUUGGUGUUCCGUGGAAAAGAGGUAUCAUCUUCCUCGGGCCGCCUGGGAAUGGAAAGACAUUCUCCUUGAGAGCAAUGAUGAAAGCUGUGGGGGUUCCGUUGUUAUAUGUCAAGACUUUUCAUUCGUACAUGGGAGACGAAUUUGGGAUCCGCUCAAUAUUCCAAAAAGCCAGACAACAAGCUCCUUGUCUGCUCAUCUUUGAAGAUGUUGACUCUCUCAUCACCGAUAAUAAUCGGUCGUUCUUCCUCAAUGAGGUCGAUGGGCUGGAAGAUAAUGACGGAUUGUUAAUGUUGGCAACGACGAAUCAUUUUGACAAAUUGGACCCGGCGUUAUCAAACCGUCCGUCUAGGUUCGAUCGGAAAUACACCUUCCCUGACCCUAACAAGGUGGAACGACGAGCAUACGCUCAGUACUGGAAGAAGAAACUUGUCGGUAACGAACGGGUUGUUUUUCCGGAUAUCUUGGUGGAUAGGUUCGUGGGCAAGACACACGGAUUCAGCUUCGCAUACAUGAAAGAAGCUUUGUGA